ACGGAGCAGAAGCUGAAAGCGAAGCAGGAAGAUGGCGACCGGAGGGCAGGGAGAGGUGACGCUGCUUGCCACCUACUGCGGCAAGAGGCUGAGUCUGACAGUCCCAACCAGCGCCAAGGUGGGCGACGUCGUGCAUAAGGCGGUCGAGACGCUCAACCUACGGAAGGAAGACCUGCCACUCUCGCUCCUCUACCAGGGCGACCCCAUCGACGACAUGGCACCUCUGGAGGUGGCGCUGGCGAAAAUGAAAGGAGUGACUGCCAUUCAUCUGGUGAAGAGAAGCGUUCAGACCUCCGGGAAGACAACGGUCCACAAGAGCAAUGUUACCCGUGAAGCACCUGCGAAGACGCGUAAGAUAGACCCAUCUGGCAAUCAGUGCUCCAGUUGCAAAGAGGAAGGAGGCUUCGAACGCCAGUCAGCUGAGCCCGUGGAUCAUUUUGACGGGGAGUACCCCAAAGAGCGGAUCAUCGGGACUUGCAACAUGUGCAAGAAGACUGACGUACUGCCCAACAUCAGUUUCCAAUGUGUGGCCUGCGAGGAAAGGGACCAGGCCAUCCUCCGGCAGAUCAGGGACAACAUCCACGAUAUUCCCUGCAUGAAGUGCUCCUUGAGGCAGGAAAUUGUGAUCCAAUGCCGCUCCAGUUGUGUCAAUUGCAUGUUUCUCGUCCAUCUUCCGCAACAUGUGUAGAGUGAACUAGACAACAACUCUUUCGGAAACUUCGAGGGUUUUUUGCUAUCUCUCUGCUGCCCAGCAAAUGAAGCCGAUUUAAAGAUGUUCCCCAUUCUGGAUCCUCAUCAUUUCAAGAUUGUGGCACGAGAACCCUACCAUGGAUAGAACCUAUUAACAAGAGGUCAAAACACCAAAUCGUUGGACAAACUAUCUUCCUUCUGGAGACUACAUUCCUGUGUCCCUGUAAAAAAGAUAUAACAUGUACAUUCUGCUCGUCCUGCCAUCACAUGAGCCAGUCAAGCACAAGACGCUUCAACAAUCCUGCGCAUGACAAAAGU